AUGGAUAAGGCUAGGCCGUUUGAAUACGUUUAUCGACUACCAGUAACCACCGUCGAGGAGUUAAACUACGCUGAGGCGGUUUACGAUCGGCAAGUCCUUUUAAAUGAGACAUGGGAGUCUUAUGCGUUGCGGAAGAACCGACCAGGUGAAGUUGAGGAUGAGCACGUUAAGUGGAUUACACGCACUUGGGAGGAUGAAGAACAGGCGCGUGUGAAGCAGCAGUGUUUUUUAGAUCGGGCGAAUGCACAAGGUGAAGAGCAGAUUGCCGCAAGAGAAGAGAGGUUAAGACUAAAACAAGAAAAAUCGGCGGCAACUGUUGCACACAUGAUGGCCUUUCAGGAGAAACUUCAUGCGGAUAGGGUGGCUUCUCGGCAUAAUUUAUAUGCUGAUUUUGAUUUGCUUCAGAAGAAAAAGUUUAUUGGAGAACAGAAUGUUGUGGCCGUGGAAGAGGAGUGUUUAAGGUUGUCUCAGGAAGCUGGACUAGUGGGAUUGUCUGAGAGUCUUUUUCUUCAUGGGGACUGCCAUCGAAUAUUCUGCUUGAUGAAAUUAAAAGAUAGGCUCCAAAAAGAGGAGGAAGAGAGGCGGAGAAUUGAGGAAGAACGGGAACGUGCCAUUGAGGAAGAAAGAAGAAGGGAGGAACAACACCAGAAGGAGUUAGAGGAGGCGGAAAGGCUUCGAAAGGAAAGUCUGGAGCAAGCCAAGAUGGUUGAGCGAAAAAGGCGCGAAGAAGAACGUCGCGCCAAGGCAAGAUCCGAAAGAGAAAGGAUGAAACAUUAUCAUACUCAUCAGGAUGUUGCAAUGUCUGAGGACAAGCCACAAACUUUAACAGCGGUAGAGGAAGUUUUACCAACUGCCGAAAUGACAUCUUUGGUAGUUGAAAAAAUUAAUAUGCCUGUGUCAGAACAAAAGAGAAUCGUUUUUGUUUUCCCUGAAGGAGAGGAUAUUAUUUCACUUAUUCGCAAUACAUCUUCUAUUUUAGGUGCCGUUGGUGAUACUUCGUAUGUUAUGAAAAUUGACAAAGCGCUGAUGAACUCAACGGUUGUUUGUCAAGGUGGUUGUUAUUUGGAAGAUCCUCAAAAAGACGGAAACUUCCAUCUUUUGGGCAAAACAAUCAUGGAAAAGAAUGCAUUAUCUUUUUCCUCGGGGAAGCUUCAUGGUGCUCCGACAGGUUUGUUUGAACAGUAUGUUUCUUCAAGGGUAGAGUAUAUUCAAAACAGUCGAACGGAUGAUAGAUGUUUUUUAUUUGAUACCUCGGGGGAAAAACGAGAUGAGGCGGUAAUUUUUCUGCCUUUAGUGCUUACUGGAUUGAAUUAUGCACCCUAUGUUUUUGCGAUUUCUCGCGAUGGAGAAAAUAGUUUUCACCCAGCUGAGAUGCAAGAGGCUGCAAAAGUUGUAUGGGAAGUGAGUCGAAUGAUGGAUUCAAAACUUGAAAAGGAAAGAAAAUCUCAAUUAUGCCAACAAUGUGUUGAGUGGCUUUCUGUUGUAACAGGAUGUGAAAAUUGUUAUAUUUCUUUGCGAGAUGAGGAUGGUGAUUUUAUGACGUAUGUGGCAGCAUCUCCAUCACAUCGUUUUAUGAUUGGAAAAAAACAUGAACUUGUUGAUGAACAAGGAGGAAAUGGCAUUAGUUUUAAUGCGUGUAAAGCUGCAACAGUUCAGGCUGACUCUAUGGUUUUUUGCAUUGAUGAUGUAAAUGAUAUUAGCUGUAUUCCGUUUCAGAACCAAAAGGUCAAACGAUUUUUGGAGGGCGAAAAUACAGGUAGUUUGCUCCUGGGAACGAUAACGGGUAACAACUCGAAUGGGGAAUGCCGUUCUCUCGGCGUGGUGUUUCUAGACUGCGUUGGGACAAAACGGAUGUUUACUGAGUCCGAUAAGGGAGUACUGAGGGACACUGUUCAGAUUCUGGCAAAGCUUCUUUUAAAUUCUACGAAUGCUUUGAGUUUGGGGAAGUCACUAAAAAUCGAAGAGGAAAUUCAAAAUUUGAAUGCCUCACCUAUCCUCUUUCUCAAGUCUAUGUGGAGUCACACCGUGGAUAAUGUUGGUCGUAUUACUCCAGAUCAAUUGUUGGAGUUAGCAAGGUAUAUGCAUCCACCUCCAAUUAUUCCUUUAGUGGUACAAUCAACAAUUAUUAUUGCGUUGGGGAAAAAGCCAAGCAGCGUUGAACAGUGGGCGGACGCUAGGGAUAAAGUGAACAAUGAUCUUUUAAACAAGAUGUCUUCUUUUGAUCCCACGGACAGAAAACGGAGAAAAAAGGCCUUUUUUAUUAGAGCAGAAAAAAUGCUAAAGGGUUAUGAAGCGCGGGAUGUUCUCGAGAAGGGCUCCUAUCCAACAAGCUGUUUUUUUUCCUGGACAUUUGCGGCAAUUCUCUUGCGAAAGCAUGCGGAUAUGUUGCGUCGAAAAAGUGGGAAAGAAAUAACUGUUAGUUCAAUUGAGGAUGCUGCCAUAUUGUCGGCGGAUGAUAACAAUCUCACCAAUGGUGAGUUUGAGGAUUAUCUGGAUAAUGACGAAAAUGAGGGUGAAACAGAGGAGGUCCAAUGA